AUGGCUUUCGUUUCUUCCCCUCCCUUUGCGUUACAGGACACAGACUCAAAGCCCUGUGAUGCGGAAUCAGCAGAACGAGUGACCCUUUUGAUUAAGCACCUACCAGAAGCCAUUCCUCAUGACACCCUUUAUCGAAUCUUCACCAAUUUCGGUGCUUUCUCAGUGCGUCCUUGCUCUAGUGCCAGUGUCUCAAUUGUCUCAACUUUCUGGUUGGGCUACACCUUUGGACUAGUAGAUGAAGCAGUAAACCCAACUGGUGGGGCUGUCUGCCACAUCUGUAGCAACAAUUGCAUUGUUCCAUAUAUUCUUAACAUGGAUUUGUUUGACCCAAUAGCUGAUAAUGCUAGAGGAAUUAUAGAGAUGAGUGGGCAGCGUAUAAGUGCCCAAGGAAUGACUAACGUCCUUGAUGCCAUAGGAACAGAACCAAAGCUUCCACCAAAGGAUUUGCUAUCGGUUUUGCUGCUCUUGCAUCUGUCCUUUAGUGCUUAUAUGGACGAGUGCUUGGGACUGUUUGUUUACUGCACAAGAGGUGUUUUGGCAAUCAUUUCACCUAUUGUAGUUGCUCUUCUUUUCCAAAUUCUGGGUUACUAUACAGAUUGCCAUAUAGUUAAGGCCAAAAUUAUGGCUUCUUUGCUUAUGUUUGCAAUACUGUCAGGAUUGCAAGGGUUUAUCUGGUUGAAAAAUAGUGCUUUUGUGGAUUUCAAAAAUGAAAUUAUGGCAUCUCAAGCACAACGUCAACUAAAUGGGUUGAGAUUUCUUGGUAAAGUCUUGUCAGCAGAGAGAGCUAAUAACCUAACUGGUGAAAAAAGUAGCGAAGAUCAGUUGGGUAAGGACUCUAAAACAUCAAUGCUGAAGAAUGCAAAUUUAACCAAACCCAUUGAUGGAGAUACAAAAUCAAGAGGUCUCCCGGUUCCAGAGCCAAUUGCUGAUAGACUUGGUGUCAAUUAUCCUUUUCCUCCUCAUCUUGAGUAUGCUGCUGCUUCUUAUUUUGAAGUUCUUGUUAGUAUUUGUUGCCUUAUUGCAAAAAGCAAUGCUAGGUAUGCUUACCCUCCACCUGAUGGAAAUAUAUUGACCAACAUUGUGAAUGCUCUAAUUGCUGUUCCCCGCUUUUACACUCAGGUUGUUCAAGCAUUACUUGAAGCUGCUAAAGAAUUUUUGGUUCUACACUUGAUGAACAAAAUGAACAUUCCGGCUCCAUUUCGAAUGGCUUUGCCCACUCCUCCAUUGCCUCCAGAGGCACCAGUACCACCUCCACCUCCUACUGUAACUGCAAAUCCUCAGUCUUCUGAUCUGUCCAGUAGCGAAUCGGAGAUGGAAUCUUCUGAAGAGGAGUAUGAAGCAAACACCAAAAGAUCUGGACAAAAGCGUGCAAGGCAUGAGACCAUUGUUGGCCCUGCUAUUGAUAAAGGCGUGGCUCAUGAGUCUGUUGGAGUAAAACCAGCAACCUUGGUCCCAAAAGAAAUCCCUAUAAUAAAAAAGAACCAUGUCUUAAAGAUAAACAUUGUCCCCAAAUCAACAGUAAACGAACAUAAAUAUGAUGAGACAUCACAAGAGUUACAAGAGCCAGAAAAAGAUGUUCCAAACCCUAACAAAUUUUUGACUGCAGAAGAAUUAGAGAAAGGAAAGUUGCCUCCGGAGGAAAUCUUAUCCCUUCCAAUGUUUAAGAACUAUACAGCUGGAAACCCUGCUCCUGUGUUGUAUGUAAAGAAUUUGGCAAAAGAUGUGAUUGCUGAUGAUUUCUAUUUUAUAUUUGGGACCUUGUUUGGAAGUGUUGAGGCUGCUAAGUUUGGUCUUCAAGUCAAACUAAUGCAGGAAGGACGAAUGAGAGGUCAAGCAUUUCUGACAUUCCCCUCAAUUGAAUUGGCUCAUCAUGCUCUGAAUCUGGUGAAUGGAUAUGUAUUAAAAGGAAAGCCAAUGAUUAUACAGUUUGGUCGAAAUCCCGCUGCUGCUAAGGCAACUUAG